UUCAUUUACAUCUAGUUUAAUAUAUAUAUAUAUAUAUAUAAAGAAGCUUCACUAAGACCGAUGCCCAAAAGCUGUUCUCGUAAAAUAUUCAUGCAAAAAUUUUACUCUCAUAGUUCAUAAUCCAUCUUCGAUAUAACUUCUUAAGGCUUAAGGUGUGAUUGUGAAAAUUGCAGUGUUGUUAAGAAUGGCUUCAAACGACGAUCUUGAAUUUUCUUUCGAAGCCAAUUCCUUCUUGGAUUCGCUAGAAACUUUUAAUGCUGUCACGCAGCAUCAGGAAAAUCCUUCGUUGUUGGCUUUUCAACAUGAGCACCGUGAGAUGGUUCCAUAUGUCCAUGUCUCUGCUGCCACAAAUGAUGUAUAUCCACCAUCAUUGAUAGAAAAUCCGAACACUGAUCAAGAGACAUUAACAAGAAAUCCAAGCUUUGAUCAAGAGAGGGUAACACAAAAUCAAAGCUUCCGUCAUGUGGACGAUUAUUCUAGAUCUAUCAAUGCAUUACAGUUAUCUCCCAACGUGCCAUUAUGUACAUUCCCAAAUGGCCAAAGAGAAAGUAUCUACAGUGGAAACUGUUUGCUAACCUCGGCCAAUAACGCGAUGAUGAGCACUGGACUACAAUCAGUUGGUUCACAACAUGGAUACGUAAACCAAAGCUAUCAACAACCUUUGAUGUCGCAAACAAAUCACCACCUCUUUAACGAUCCAUAUGUUUCACAAAUGAUGGAAAGUAAUGCACAACAAGUGGAGAGAGCUAAUGGACUUACAAAUUCCAAUCCUAUUUAUGGCCUUCGAGAUCAUCGCGUUCCUCCUUUUGGAUGCAGCUUUCAGGGAGAACGGCAUAAUCUCGACUCAAUAGUUGAACAACUCAAGCAUAUUCCUGGAAAUGAUCAGAUGCAACAACCUGAAACGUCCAACAGGCAUAUUCCACCAUACGUGGAGGCUUUGCAAAGCAAUCAACUCCAGAUUCCUUAUGUGUCGUCUGCAAAUACUAUACCUAAUCCAGAGUAUCGUACUCCCAUGAUUUCAAACAACCAAGUCCUACAAACGCCGGAAAACUAUCCAACCUUUGCGCAGACGCCAUAUCAACCUGAUCCACUUGCUUUUAAUUUCCAAAAUUCAAGCUCAGUUAAAACUACUCGUCGAGCCCGGGGGAGGCCGAGGAAAAAUCAAAUUCCGUUGCCUUUGGUACCUACAACUCAAACGAUUUUAACCUCUCCCAGACAUUAUGGCACACAAGAUAAGGGAAAACAACCUAUUACAGCAAGGCCGCCUCUUAAUCCAAGUCUCUACGAUCAAUGUCAAAAUUCAUACACAAACACAAUGAUCCAGCAAAGUGGAGUUAUGAGGCAACGUAGUAUUUAUGAUCAACUCGAAAAUGAAUGCUCAUCUUUUAAAACAAGGAGGAUCAUGGUCCCAUUUAAAGAGAAAUCUAUAGCAGAUUCAUCAACGGCUUCCUUUUGGCAAGAUGGAAAUUUGCGUUCAUCAAGUGCUGCAGGCAGUAACCAUGAAGAGAGGCCCAUAAAAAAUACAAUGUAUGAUCCAUUGUACGCAGGUGUUGGAUUACCCAUUGAUCCUCAUCUGAGGCUCUUUUAGUUAACUUUAUUGAAAUGGACAACAUAUUUUGCAUGUUUGAAGAAUUCAUUAUGAUGGAAAAGUAUUUCGAGACCAUCCCUCCAGAUCAACCAGCUAGAAUAUAUACAAUAGUUUGUAAUCUAGUGGUUUAUAAUAGUAUUGUCAACAUAUCACUAUCAAAAUUUACAUUCGGUAGUGGGCGAUUUGUAGAAAGCAUGCAUGUACUAAAUAGAACUAGCUAUAAUAUAAAAAUCUGAAGUAAUUUACCA